CCAGCCCUCUACCAAGAUGAAGAGGAGGGACCCAGUGUCUCUGCUGUCCCCAAUGAGCCUUCAUACCGACGUCCUCCGGUAGCACCUUGUUAACAUGAACCUCCUGGCAUUGUUAUGGAUAUAUAUGUUCAAUUACUGUCCAGGUUGGGCUCUGGGGGCUACUGAAGGGGUUCGGGUUGUACAGACUCCAAGAACUCUCCUGGUGACUGAAGGAGGGACAGCGAACCUGACCUGUUACUAUUCCCCUGAAGGAGUUGAGGACUAUGCAAUCAAUUGGUUUCAUCAAUCAAACAACCAAAGUAAUCAGGACGAAGCAAUUGUUUAUAUGGACAAGCUCAUGGCAAAUCAGUCAAUCCGACUGGUCCAUACAUUAGACCGGGAACGAAAUAUAUCCCAGUUAUCAAUAAGCGACCUUCAGCUAGGAGACGGCGGCACGUAUUAUUGUGAAUUCCUGGCUUUGAGUCAACCUUUUAUUAAAGUGUUGUGGGGGAAUGGAAGCAGAUUGACAGUGACGGAACGCGAUCGAUACAAAAAUCCGUUCCUUUACCAAUUGCUGUGUAUACCGCUGAUUUUAUGCGUUAUCUUCCUCGCUGUGGUAUUCAACAAGAAAAUGAAACAGAAGGAAAAAGUUGAAUACAGUUCCCCGCCUACCCGGACUAUCCCAGAGGACACUUCAAGGUCAGGUACAACAAUAUAUGCGACCUUGUUUUCUGCAAGAAAUGGAGAAGACCCGCAGGAUCUGGAGGUCGUUAAUUCUGAUCUGUUUGUGGAAAGGAAAGCGACCAAUGUCUCAACAGGCGAGGUGGAGUAUUCAACGGUGAACAGCCGCAAACCAGAAGGCAAGACAGAAAGCGGACACGAAGAGCAAAUGGUUUACUCCCAGCUGCAGUUUAAACAGAGCGAAGCUCAGAUGCGGUAGAGUGCAGCUUACAGUCCUUUAAAAUGUUCUGACCAAACGUUAAUGUUGGAAGAAAGCUGCAGAUCUAAACUAAAGUCAGGAAAUGCUGAGAGCGUUUUGUAGAUUAGGCAGCUUUCAGGAAGAGAAAAACCUCGUGCGGCAGCAUCAUUCUUCCUGGCAUUUGGGAUAUUUUCUAACCAACCUGUUCACAGAUGUUAUUGCACACCUUUGGAGCAGGUGGGAUUUGAACCCGGGCCCCCUGGUUCAGAAGUAGGGGUGUUACCACUGCGCCGCAAAAAUCCGCAUUACUGUCUAAUCACUCCCGGAAUCCUCAUUGUCAUAUAAGCUCAUUUUUGUUGUCUUAUCGCCAUCUUUCCCAUCUCCACAACUUCUGCCUGACCCUGUCACACUUUCCAACAUUUUCUGUUCAAAUUAGCACAAGAUCUGCGCUAGCAUCUAACUGUAAAAUGGGAACUAUUUGCUCCUGUUGUGUUUUGGUCAUUCUGCAAACUGAUCUUGUAAUCACAUGUUUCAUGAAUCAGAUGUAUAACGGGAGAUGCCGAUUCGGACGUUUAGUGAGGAGGGAGAUAAUGGCUUGUUGUAAACUGGAGGCACUUGUUUAAACUAAUCUGACAUAGGUGCUCAUGUGCAGUUAUAAACGUGAAAGAUGCUGUCAGUGGUCCCAUGUUGCCGCAGGACAGGCAGUAAAGUAUUGAGGUUCUCCAGAAAGCAUUCCAUUAGAAAUCAUUGAAAUAAUGAUUUAUUGUUAUUCUCUCAGUCCCGACUGAGGCUACCGUGGAGGACUCUUUUCAACCUCUCUCCUUGCCUGAGGCUUGUUGACACUCAUGUUUAACCAUCACUAGUCGUCUCUCUCCAAUAAGAGUGCAGCUGUAUGGACCCGCAGGACUAUGGCUACUUUACCCUACUUUUCUCAGUAGUAGAACUUGUAGUGUAGUAAAACUUCAAAAUCUUUUUUCGAAUUAAGUGUAAGUGGAUUUUAACAGCACAGUAACUUGAUAAUUAUCUAAAAAGAAAAGCCCACUGAAGCUGCAAAAGCAAGU